CCCCUCCUCAAAGAAUGUGGCUGCUUGCUGCCUGGUGUGGGAUGUGUGCAGAAUGGUGUGUUCACUUGUUAUACUUGUGGAUUCGACACCUUCACUGGGCUGAGUUGCUAAACACUCUACUAAUCCUCUACUACUUUGUCUUGUUGUGCCCUGAUCUAUCUGACUGCAACUAGUGCAGACCACCAGGUUCACUGGGUUACUUACUCCAGUGUUACUCAUGGAAGCAAUGUGAGGGGACAGAGAACUCUCCAGUCCUUGCUGUGUGUUGGUACAGGCAGGCAUUGCAGUUUGAUCAGGCUGCUUUGCCUGAAGUGUGGUACAGCCUGAUAUUCCCCUCCCCCAGCUCAUCCAUAUCCCUUCUAUUAUCAACAGAGGUCGCUUGGCUUUCAGUGUGGAGAAAGCUAGCAAAUGAUACCCUCAGCUUAAACGCAUGGGUAAACACUCUCAGGCAUGCUGAGAACAGACAGCGGAGAAAGAAACUGAGAGGGAGUGUGUGAGAGAUACAGGGAGAAAGACAAAGGGAACAGACACACGAAUCCGUCGAGAAAAUCUCAUCAGCAUUUUGUUGCAACAGUUUCUUGCUGAGACUUUAUUUGGUGUCACUUUCCUCAGCCUGUAAUGGCAAGGCUGUUCAAAGUGUGCAUCUUGCAAGAAGGCUGAACUACUGCAGACCACAAACGGAUGUGAAACAAGGAUGCAUUGAAACUCACUCCAUUCUCUCUAUCUGUUCCAUUCAACAACAGAGAGAGAGAGAGAGAGAGAGAGAGAGAGAGAGAGAGAGAGAGAGAGACGGAGGAAGAGUGAGAAUAAUAAUCAAGAACCUGCUUCCAUGCCCUUGGUGUUGUGGCCACAGAAAGAUGGAUGUGAGAUUUUAUCCUUCAGCACCAGCGACGGCAGCUGCCCUAGCUGCUGACCCGAACUGCUUGGGCACUGGCUCUUGCCUGGAACAUUACUACUCCAACAAGUUUGAUGGGGACAAUAUGUACAUGAGUCUGUCUGAUGCCAACCAGGACUACCUGCCAGCCAACCAGACUUUCCACAGCCAGGUUUUGGGAGAUGAAGACUACGAGAUUCCUCCCAUCACCCCCCCCAAUCUGGGCGAGCCCUCCUUCCUGCACCUGAUGGAUCCACACGGAGGCUACCACUCGCUGUGCCACGCGGGCCCUGCCAACGGCCUCAUCCCGCAGUACCACUACCAGGGCAUGGACCUUCCUGCCAUCAUGGUGUCCAACAUGCUGAGCCAGGAUGGCCACCUGCUCUCAGGACAGCUACCAAUGCAGAUGGCGGGCGUGGAUCGCGGUGAGGGUCUGGCGUACGAUUCCAGCGGCCAGCACCCGAUGGACAGCCGCAACAUGCUGCCGCACCAUCGCAUGCCCGUCAUUGGGCACGCACAGCUGGCCGCUCAGAUGGGCAUGAACCUGGGACGUGGGGGCAUGCACGCCCACAGCUCACCCUCACCGCCUGGCAGCAAGUCUGCCACGCCAUCACCCUCCAGCUCAGUGCACGAAGAAGAAGCUGAUGUCCUCGCCAAGAUGAGCGGGGACAAGAGAGGGGGUGUGGACAUGGGCAAGAAGACCAAGGGCCAGAAGAAGAAGAAGAAGAAGGACCCGAAUGAGCCGCAGAAGCCGGUGUCGGCGUACGCCCUCUUCUUCCGUGACACCCAGGCUGCCAUCAAGGGGCAGAACCCCAGCGCCACAUUCGGUGACGUCUCCAAGAUUGUGGCAUCAAUGUGGGACGGGCUGGGCGAGGAGCAGAAACAGGCCUACAAGAAGAAGACAGAGUCGGCUAAGAAGGAGUAUCUGAAAGCCUUGGCAGCUUACAGGGCCAGCCUGGUGUCCAAGAGCUACAAUGAGCCGGUGGAGCCCAAGGCUGGUCAGUCGGCCAUGCCACCCCACCUGCUGCCCACCAAGCCGCCCCUGUACAGCCUGGCCCAGGCCUCGGGCACUUACAUCGGGACCCCCCCCUUCCUGGGGCAGCCGGAGCUGCAGCCGUACCCAGGCCCUACCCACCACCGACCCCAUGGCCCCAAACCCACCCUCCCCGGCUCACCCCCUCCCCCACCCGCCUUGCAGAUCAGCCCCCCCCUCCACCAGCAGCUCAGCCUGCACCAGCAUCACUCCGCCAUGCAGCAGCCCCUGCACCCACACCCGCUGCAGGUACAGGCGCAGCUGCACUCACCACCCGCGCAGCAGGGUUACACUCAGCUACCGCUAGAGUUCCAGAGUGGUGUCAGCGCCCCGUCCCCAGGCCCCGCUGGCCCCAACGCCCCGACUCCAGGCAGCGACUGGGAAAACGAGUUCUGCAACAGCGAGUGCAUAAUCAACCACUGCAGCCUGUUACCGCGGGACAAGCCUCUCUACCUCACCUGAGCCAGUGCCGCACCUGUACUGGACUUCACCAAGGGAGCCAGGUGUCUCGCAACACUGAGGACGUUAAAGACACAGCAAGCAUUCGGAGUUCCCUCACCAGCCCGCCACCGCUCCCCACUUCUCCGUAGGCUUACAGGCCUACACCUUGGCAAGACACACCUAGUAAAAUUAAAGAUGGGUGACAAUCUAACUCCGGCCUACCAUGCAAACCUUUGUCUUUCCCCAAAGGUUAGAUCUCAACUGCCUGAAGCAUAAGCUGGCUCAGCAAGUAAUUCCAGAGCCUUGGCCUUAUGCACCUGCCAUUCACAUGGCAAACUCCCCUCUGUGCUGGCCAGUAACAGAUUGACCAUGGUCCAUGGUGGAGCAAUGACCACUGGCCCUGAUCACCAGACCACUUGAAUAACAAGUUCAACUGGCAAAGACUUGACACUGUUAAAUGUGAACAGUCCGUAAGGACACCGUAUAUUUAGGACCUUGUUUCCUGUAGUUUUACUCAAUGUUUUAGAGGUGUUGACAAUUCCAGAAGCUUUAUGUGUUGGAGACUUAUUCUGUGAUUUAACUUUAUAGAGAAGAGAGUAUUGUUUUUGUAUCUGAUUUUACUCGAUUCCUUGUUGGGUGAUUGUUUAGCGAGCAGGCUGUCCUUUGUGUCUGAAAUGCCAAAUGUGUUUGUUUUGUUAAACAUCAGUGACCAGGAUCUUUUACAAACACUUCCCAUAGUUUUUAAUACUCAUUUCCUGCCAAUGCCCGAUUAUUUAAUGUUUUUUUUUGAUCAUCACUGCCUAGCUUAUUUAAAGAAACAAAUUCAUGUGUGCGCUGUGUUUUUAAUGAGUUGGUGAGCUCGCUGAAAUGAUGCUGUUUGAUUCAACAACAGCUGUCAGACCUUGUGUUAAAAUGCUUUGUGACUUGCAUUUCAUUCUCCCCGAGUAAAUAAAGAAGUAAUUUUAUACUCC